GUUGGCACUAUACUUAAGCUGCGGCGUUCUUGCUUGUUUGUUUUAUACUGAAAAUUUGGAUAAUACGCCCUGCUCGAAUACGGAGGAACAGAAUAUAAUUUUCCGUUCAUAGAUUUACAGCUUUUCAUCAUUAAUUUUCUAUAUCAUCUUUUAAAAAUAUUACUGUUAAUUUAUCUUGAUUUGACAGUUUCCUUAAUCUCAUUAGCAACAUCGUAACUGGGUGGUUAAAAAUAAAGCUGUAAGGGGCGUGCGUUGUAGGUGUAACUGAGUGUUUGUGUCUGUUGUUUACAUGUUUUUGGACAGCGUGCAGUAAGCUGUUGACAGUUCGUGUAACUUCGAAGUUUUCAUUGUUUAUGCGACUAGCGCAGUUUGACAUAUAGAAUAUGUCAAUGGCUCAAUUGGGAUGAAGCAUCAUCAUUGGACGAAGUGAAUUAAGGAGAUAGUUGUGUUUGGAGGCGCACAGCGCUGUGUUGUUAGCUUCGUUCUCUGUCUGGCCAUUCACUAGUUGGUUAUUUUGACACUUGUUUUUGUGGUGAAUAUGACAAUGAAACUUCGUACAAGUUUGAUACUUUUCAUUAUUGCCCCAUUUUAUCUGACAAUAGUGUUAGCAUCUGAAGGUAGAAAAUGUAACCCAAAUGACCUCAUCAGUACAAUGUGUCGGGAAAAUGAGAGGUGUGUUGCAAACACACAUCCCGCUAAUAGCGGUAUUUGUGAUUGCAAGGAGGGUUACUUGAGGAAUAGGAAUAAUACCAGUGAAUGUGUGCCGAAGCCCAUGCCUACUGUUCCUUCUCCAGCAUCAACUGUGCCAACUUUAUCCCCUGAACAUGCUGAAUUGGUACAUCAUAGCUCUGUUUCAGCUGGUGCAAUAACAGCAGCAGUGUUGGUUCCAUUGAUGCUGGCAAUUGGUGGUCUUCUUGUAUUGAUUGGACGACGAUAUCACUGGUUUGAAAGACUGCAGUUACUGCAGGGACGGCACUAUGAAGAAGUCAGGAUUGGUCAAGAAGAUGAUGAAGAUGAUGAUCCACCUUUAGCAUGAGGAACGAUAAUCAGUUGCCUCACUUCUCAUCUUCUGUUAUACAACUGCUACAUUUUAAAAUAUGCCUGGUACUUGCCCUGUUCUGAGACGAAUUUUGAAAUGGUUUGGAUGAUGUUUUCAAAAGUAGCCUGAGGAUUAAGGCUGAAUUAUGUUUGCGACAUUUCAAUUCAGUUUGAAUUGAUGCUUUGUUAAUAUAGUGCCUGUCAAAUUGUAAUUAUUCUUACCUUUCAAAUUUUGUUUUUUGCGAGAGGUGUAAAAGUGCCAUUUUCCCAAGAGUACAUUUAUUGGCCCUAGGAGAAGAAAAGUGCUGGCCAGAGAUAAACAUAAUUUCAUCUUUCUAAUUAAAAGGUCCCAGAAGUAAUUUUGUUUCUCUCAUAGUGUUAUAGUGACACUUGUUUUGAAAAUACUGAUAAUUCAUUGAAGUGAGUGCUCUCUCAGUGAAUAAUCCCUCUUCAUUUCAUUUUAUUUAUCUAAAGAAAUGAUAGAAUUGUUUUACAGUGCAUUCCACUUGAGAGAAAUCUGGACCUACUCAAUACCAAGGAGAAAAGUGUGAUAUUUAUAUAUCUUUUUAUCAUCCUAUUAAAGAAAAUUGAACAAUUAGUGCUUUCAAUACAAUGCAAAUUAUAAAUUGUUUGCCUUGUUAGAUUAGUGAAGUAGUGUUAGACUGAAGGAAAAAGUGAUACUGGAUUGUUAAUGAAGAUUGUGGGAGAUUUGUUAAUUUUUUUCUUCUUACAGUUAGGUUGUAUGGUUGUACAUUGGAACAAAAUUCAUAUUUCCUGACCAGAAUGAUUUAUUUUUCAUACUUGCUUACUGUGAGAGAAAUCAAUUGGUCCAUGGUCCAUAAUUUUCUUUAUAUAUGCCUGGCUUUUAAGACAAGCGUAGAGGAGUAAAUUUCUGCAUUUGUUUCAUUAUUGAUAAUUUGUAGUUAUUUCAAUUGUUUACAUGUCAUUUGUGCUGUUUUGAAAUAGACAACAGGAGAGCAUUAGAUAUGGGGAAAAGAAAGGAAUUAUUAUAAAAUAAUGUCAUUCAAAUUAUUGAUGGUAUUCUUGUUAAAUUGAUGGCAUGUAAUAGUUAUCUAUUAACUUGCAUUUUGCAGACACUGUUGGCAAACCCUCUUUGCAUUCAUUAAUAUAUUUAUUACUCUAUAGAGUUAAGUGUUAGUUUGUGUUUAUUCAAUAUGUCACUGUGUAGUAAUACAGUCUUCACAAUAUUGCCUUGCAGAAGUAAGUUUUGAAAUUACUCCUUCAUCAGUGCACAAGAUAUUACGCCUGCUGCAUAAGAUUUUCGGUAGACUUGCAUGAACCAAAACUGUGCUCAGCCUUGCUCUGCUUAAUCUCUUCAGUGAGCUUUUGAACAAUCAGUGAAUUCAUGGUUUCUAAAUUUUGUAAUGCACAUCAGUGACUAUGUGCCAAGCCAGUGCUGUUGGAAGGAAUGAAACUUUUGUUAUUACUGCUUAAGUGAACUACUUGUCUGUUGUUUUCAUUAAAUAAUCAUGUUGCUUCUGUUAUAGAAGUUCAGAUAUUCUUCUGAACCAAAUAAUGAAAGACUGUCUUUCUUGAAAGUAUUUGAAUGCUGUUCUGAUGAAUGAUACGAUGUCUUAUUUCUUGUGUUAAGUAAGACAUCAAAUGUGAAUGUGUGGGAGUAUUGACGUUAUUAAUUAUUGAGUGCAAGUUUGUAUGCAAUUAGUGUGGUAUGAAAUGCUGCAAUUUACAGCAUGUAUCAAGCAAAAUAAGAUAUUGUUGAGUACAAUUAUGACUGAAAUACAAAUACAUUUUUGCUUGUGAAUUUUUCCUAGUCCAUUGCACCUUAAUCAGCAAUUAAUGCAUUGUAUUAAGAAUAUUUCUUUUUGAAAUACUCUCAAAGAAAGUGUUUUUUGAUUUUCUGAAUGUACAAUUUUUAAUGCAUGAUAAUUAUGUUAAUUUUAUUGUGUACAUAAUUAUUUCCAGGAAGGGUUAAGAUAAGCAAUGCUAGUGUAUCCCAUAUGUUCAAUCAAUCAUAAUAUUGCAAUAUAAAACAAGAAUUAAGUUAAUAUUAGAUUUCAUUUUAAAAUGACAUUAUUGAAGUUUUUAUAAUAGUUCUUUAAAUUUCUGAAUGUGUUGUAUGCCCAACUUUUAAGAAUUCUUACAAAAUGAAAAAUAAUAAUUGUAAUUAUCUUAUUGCAUUUAAGGAAAUUCAAGAUGAGGUAGGAAUAGUGAAUGAAAAGUAGUGUCAACUUAUUGCAAGAUUCAAAAUUUAAUGGGACUCUAGGAUCUUAUCGAAUAUGUUUACUUCUAUUCCUCUUCUCAAGAAAACAAUUCUUAAUUUUUUUUAAUGCAAGGAAUGAUAAUCAUAAAAUUGGCUUCACUUGGGGCUUGUUUCUCUUAUUUUCUUUUUCUUGUGCUCUUUUUCCUUUUGUGACUUGUGGAUAUGAGAGGGAAGAAUAGAAUUCACCCUGCUUUAAGUUCUAUUCUUUACACAAAAGCUAAUAUAUCUAUAUUUAAGACUGUGUUGUAUUUAUGAAAGCUUUUAAAUUGUUGAUUUCUUACUCAAAAUUUCAAUGUAUGUGUGACUUAUUGUAAGUUAUUGGUCAUUUAAAAAAGUUGGAAACAAAAAUUUCCCCUGUUGUCUACUUUCUGAAUUCACUGCUUAUGGGUACUAUUUUUAGCCUUCUAGCUUGACAGUUGCAUUUUUGCUAGUUUGCUUUUAAUUCUGCCGUUCUCAUCAACUAUUCCUAAAAUGUUGUGUUACAACGUUAGUGUAGAUCAUGAAGAGCCAGGUUUAUUAUGCAAAGAAGAUGUAUACAUAAUAAUAGAAGAGAGUCUGGCAGGUAAGGGAGUGCAGUAGGAAAUUAAAUUUGUUUUCAUAUUCUAAUUUGGUUUAGUGUUGUUUUAUUUUUCUUUCUUUUUCACAUUUUUGUAAAAACAAAUUAUAAUCUGCAUUGUAGAUUGUAAUCAAGGGUUAUUGAACUGUUUCAAGUUAAAUGAUGUUGGUUAGAUGUUUACUCCUUUUAAUUGUCUCCUUUUUUUUAAAUCGUUAAGAGGAAAGCAAAAAAAUUUGCACAGAGAAAUAGGCAAGAAUUAAUUUCCAAGUUCAUUGUUUCAUCAGUCAAUUUUCAUGUAUAAAAAAAUUGCAGUUUUAAGUACUUUUUUCAAAAAAUGGUUUACUCCUCAAAGGGGGAUUCACACAUUAUUUUUUUACCCAUUUUUAUAAUCAUUGAAGCAUUUAAUUUGGUUUUAUUUAAUAUAGACAUGGCAGCCAAACUUGGAACCAGAAUAUUAAAUUAUUUUAAAAAACUAUAUGCAAGUAUAAAUAUUCGUUAUUCCAUUUAUCUCUGCUAUUAAGACAAUUUUUUAAUAUCAUUGAGGUGUCUUGUGAUUGCUUGAAUACAAACGACUUACGACUUGUUUUAUGCUUUAUAUUUCAAUCAAUAAUACAGCAACUUUUUGAACAUUGAUAUCUUCCUGUGCAGAUGUGAAUUUCAGGAUAUGAAAAGAUAGAACGAUGGAUAGGCAUAUAGAAACAUUUAUGACUAAUUUCAGACUCAAACCAAAGUGGUUAGGGUGCUCCCCAACAUCGGGAGCUCUGCUACCCAUGUCAGCUUGGUUUAUUUUAUUUUUAUUCUACAAAUCUAUUAUUAUUUUGUAUACUUAACUCCAGCGUUGUCUUGUCACUUCGCCAAAGAAUACAGAUAUUUUUUUAAUUCUGCGACUUUCAUUUAUGCUCCUCACCAUCAACUUGUCUAGGGUCUUAAAUCAUUUGUAGUUUGCAAGCAUGCAUGUACCAACAAAAAUUCAUUUGUGUUUGUGCAUGUAAAUGAAAAGUAAGUAGCAUGAUGCAAGGUUUGGCUGCAUUUACUAUUUUACACAUAGAUAUGCAUGUGUCUACUUUGUCGGUAAUUUCAUGAUUAUGUUUGAACAAAUAUAUAUUUUAGAAAUUUGGAGUUGAGGAGAAAGGAAGAUACUAUAAAUAGUGAUGUUUACAAAAUUUAUAGUAUAUUUUGAUUAUUCAAUUGGGAGAAUCUAAGUUUUAAAUAAUAAUUAUAUAAAGUAAUGAUUAGGUAAUCGGAAGAAGUGUUAAUAUUUUUGUCUCAGAAUAAACAUUUGUUACUUGUAGAAAAUAUUGAUACAUGUUAUAAAUUAUGAGGGAUUGGACCCAAGUUUCAGUAUUUGUUCAUAAAUUUUCAUGUUUUGAACGUGAAUUUCAUAUGCAAGUCAACACCAGUGAUACAUAUAAAUACCAAUAUAAACAUUUUAAUUUAUGAAUUUACGAACAUUUAAUGAACAACUCAGCAAAAAAAGUGUAUUGGAAUAUUUUCUGAAUUUAAUGGUAUUAGAAUAGCUUUUCGAGUGCAUAUUAAAUUGGAAUGUUUUUCCAAAACUUUCCUAUCUUGGUGUGUUGAAUUAUAUUUAUCCACAUUAUGCCUAAUAGAAAAUACUACCUUCUCAUACAUGCUUCUAACCAUAAGAUAAUCUGGUUCACCCUAAAAGCCCAUGUACAAGGUCUGUCCCAAAAGUUUCCGGAAUGAUGUUUUUAAAAUUUUACAAUAUCUUACGAACUUUUCUUAGUAUUCUCCUCGUGCUUCGAUGCACCGUUGUGUCAACGCUUCACCCAAUCAUUGAAGGCACCCUGGAAGUCAAUGGGAAUCUCCUUCAGAGUAGGCGGCUCACCUGUUUUUUCCGCCUCGGCGGGAGGCGUCCCAUGCCGGGCUCCUUUCACGGUUCUUUUCAGAUUCUAUUGAUCCGUGGGAACAAAAAGAAGUUGGCUGCCGUCAGAUCGGGACGGCACGGCGGCUGGGGCAGCGUUGUCACACCCUUUUUGGCCAGCAACUCGGUGUAUGAGCGCGCAUUGGCUUGACGCGUUGUCGCGGUGCUCGAUCCAUCUGUCGCGAAUUUCCUUUCGGACAAUUUUCAUUCGAAGAUCCUCAGUUAAAAUGCGGUGAGCGGUUGUUUGGGGGUAGCCUACACCUCUGCAAUCAUCCGAACACUUAAUCGUCGGUCUUUGUCCCCAACUUGACGCACGUUUUGCACGGAGUCGUCUGCUCGUCAUGUUGACGGGCGUCCCGCGGUCGUCGCCGUAGACGGCCUCCCGACCUUCUUCGAACCUCUUGUGCCACAAGAAAGUUUGGAUUUGGUUCACGUAGGUUUUUCGAAGCGUUUAAAGCCCGCACCGGUUUCCCCCACUUUCACACAGAACGUGAUUGCAUAACGCUGCUCCAAAAAUUGGUAUUUUUUUGGAUCGACGGAGGUGCAGUGGACGCCUCUGCGCGGAGCGUAAACCGUCCUCAACAACUACUUGCAGGCAACCGGUCUUGUUGCGAAUCUUAUACUACGCGCUUUCUCCAACUUGGCCUUGGCAGGUAUUAUAUCCGCACGUCUUCUUGAGCCCCGGAAUAUCUACCACCACUCCCUUCCCAACAUUAGUUGCAUUAAGAAUAAAUGAUAGCAAUGAGAAUUACACACAAAGUCUUGUAACGUUCGCUUCU